AUGAAGGUUUUCUUCCUACGUAAUCCUUGGAAAUAUCAUACGACUCUGUUUGCAUUAGUGUUAUGCUCACUCUUUUCUGGAGUCUCGCUCCAAGCAAAGUUCAACGCGAGGAUUUGAGGCUUCUUGCACUCAACUGAAUCAGCUUCUUCGUAACUCCGCCUCUGUAUACAUCAAACAUCGAUGUUAUGGAUCGAUGGUCGUGGGUAUGCGAAAUGGGUCGGCCUCGGGAGGCCCAGAUUGUGUUUGAAGAAAUGCGCGUGAGAGGGCUGAAGGCGUCGCGAUUUGAAUCUGUUUUGUUCGUGUAUGGGAGAUUGGGAUUGUUUGGAGAUAUGUCGAGAAUCGUGCACCAAAUGGAGGACGAAGGUUUGGGUAUCGACAGUCUGUUCGAACAUGAGAAGCUGGCAGUCUAUCAUGAUCUAAAAGCGAGAAGAUUGGAGAUUAUUAUAACACAACAGUAUUCCAAACCACAGUGCUGCGGCGUCUGUCGAGUUUUAUGGAAGAUGUUGAUGAGUUUUGGGCAGCCCCUGUGAUUGCUUGGCUCAUGUACACACUAGGGACACAAUGCGUGAACUACAUUAUUAUAGUCGCUGCCAAUAUCAUCUCUCUUUCCUUUCCUUUAUUUCAUGGUUAGGGAUUUUCAUAUUGCAAAAAGAGAGGAAGAUAUUGGCUACUAUGCUGGUUAUAUCGGGUCUUCAUUUAUGCUUGGUAGAGCUCUGACAUCUGUUUUUUGGGGAAUUGUGGCCGAUCGCUAUGGUCGAAAACCUGUUAUAGUUAUAGGGAUUGUCGCAGUGGUUAUAUUCAACACUCUCUUUGGCCUUAGUGUAAACUUUUGGAUGGCAAUUACUACAAGGUUUCUUCUGGGAAGUUUGAAUGGCUUACUUGGACCAAUAAAGGCAUAUGCAAGUGAAAUUUUUCGAGAAGAAUACCAAGCUUUAGGACUAUCAGCAGUUAGUACGGCAUGGGGCAUAGGAUUGAUUAUUGGCCCUGCAUUGGGAGGAUUUCUCGCACAGCCUGCAGAUAAAUAUCCAAAUUUAUUUUCCAAAGAAUCUUUGUUUGGGAGAUUCCCAUACUUCUUGCCCUGCCUUGCAAUAUCAAUUUUUGCACUGGGAGUAAUUAUACCUACAUGCUGGCUUCCGGAAACAUUGCACAUGCAUAGAGAAAAUGUAUCACCUGAUGACUCGGAGAAAGGUUUAGAAACUGGAUCCUGCGAGUCUAAUGUAAACGAAAAACCAAAACAAAUUGAAGGAAGAGGUCCAAUUGCUAAGGAAAGCCUCCUAAAGAAUUGGCCUCUGAUGUCAUCUAUCAUUGUUUAUUGUGUUUUCUCACUUCAUGAUAUGGCUUACACAGAGAUAUUCUCCUUAUGGGCUGUCAGCCCUCGAAGUCACGGGGGUUUGAGCUACUCAACUAAGGAUGUCGGUGAAGUUCUUGCAAUCUCUGGUCUUGGCCUUCUCGUUUUUCAACUUUCUUUAUAUCCAUACGUGGAGAGACUUCUUGGGAGCAUUAUGGUAGUUCGCAUCGGUGGUGUUGUAUCCAUACCUUUGUUAGCAAGUUUCCCAUACAUAGCUUUGUUAUCUGGAUUGAGCCUCUCCUUCGUGGUAAAUUUUGCUUCUGUGGUGAAGAAUGUCUUAUCUGUGUCCAUCAUUACUGCCUUGUUUCUUCUGCAAAACGCAGCUGUGGAGCAACAUCAAAGAGGAGCUGCUAAUGGCAUCGCUAUGACAGCAAUGUCUCUAUUCAAAGCAGCUGGUCCAGCUGGAGGUGGUGUAAUAUUUUCUUGGGCACAAAAGCGUCAAGAUGCUGCUUUCUUUCCAGGUGACCAGAUGGUUUUCUUCAUCUUGAAUGUGGUUGAGGCAAUUGGAGUGUUGAUGACAUUCAAACCAUUUCUUACUCAGAAAGUAAAGGCCAUUAGAUGAAUGUGAUUAAAUCUCAUGAAAUUGUUGAAGAAGAUUCUCAAGACAGCCAUUGAUUCUUCCUUGUAGCGGUAGAUCAUUGGAUGCAUUAUAUUCCAGAUUGAUGAUGAUCACCCAUUUGGUCAGUGCAAUAUAUAAAUAAAAGAAACCAUUAUGUAAAUAAAAGAAACCAAUGCUAUAGCCAUUAAUGUCUGAUAUCAUUGAAAUAUUCUUAAAGUUUUCCUUAAAUUGUUUCUUUUCCACACAUUGUUAUUAAACAGAUUGUAUCAUAAUUUAAUAAAGUGACUGCUGCAUCUAAAUCU